AUGUUCAGAUUCGCGCGAAGCAGGUCGAUCGCGACGGCUCUGAGAGCCACGGUUGAGCCAUCUCUUCAGACCAGAUUCGCUGCGCAACAAAAGAGACAUCUUUCUAUCCACGAAUACCUCUCUGCUGAACUCCUGAAAUCUUAUGGUGUUGGUGUCCCCAAAGGCCAUGUCGCCCGUACCGCGGAUGAAGCCGAGGCUGUUGCAAAGUCAAUUGGUGGAGAUGACAUGGUCAUCAAAGCUCAAGUUCUUGCCGGUGGUCGAGGAAAGGGUACCUUCGACAACGGCUUGAAGGGAGGUGUUCGUGUCAUCUACUCCCCCACCGAAGCGAAGAUGUUCGCCGAACAGAUGAUCGGACACAAAUUGAUUACAAAACAAACCGGUGCCGCUGGCCGUCUCUGCAACGCCGUCUACAUUGUCGAACGCAAGUUCGCCCGUCGCGAAUUCUACCUUGCCAUUCUCAUGGACCGUCAGACUCAAUCUCCCGUCAUAGUGUCCUCUUCCCAGGGUGGUAUGGACAUCGAGACCGUCGCCAAGGAGACUCCCGAUGCUAUCCGCACUACCCCUAUUGACAUCACCAUCGGUGUUACUGACGAAAUUGCCCGUAGCAUUGCUACCGACUUGGGUUUCUCUGCUCAGUGCAUUGAGGACGCCAAGAACACCAUCCAGAAUCUCUACAAGGUCUUCAUUGAGAAGGAUGCCACCCAGAUCGAGAUUAACCCUCUUUCCGAGACUUCUGACCAUCAAGUCCUUGCUAUGGAUGCCAAGCUCGGAUUUGAUGACAACGCCGAGUUUAGACAGAAGGAGAUCUUUUCAUGGCGGGAUACUACCCAGGAGGAUGCUGAUGAAGUCAAGGCUGCCGAAUUCGGCUUGAACUUCAUCAAGCUUGACGGUGAUAUUGGAUGUUUGGUCAACGGUGCUGGUCUCGCCAUGGCCACCAUGGACAUCAUCAAGCUCAACGGCGGUAGCCCCGCCAACUUCUUGGACGUCGGUGGUGGUGCCACUCCUGCUGCCAUUAAGUCUGCCUUUGAAUUGAUCACCAGUGACCCCAAGGUCACCGCUAUUUUCGUCAACAUCUUUGGCGGUAUUGUCCGAUGUGACGCUAUUGCCCAGGGUCUUAUCAAUGUUGUCCGCGACAUGGGUCUCCGUACUCCCGUCAUUGCCCGUCUCCAGGGUACCAACAUGGAGCAAGCUCGCAAGCUGCUUGACGAAUCCAACCUCAAAAUCUUCUGUAUUGAAGACCUCCAGAGCGCGGCCGAAAAAUCCGUCCAAUUCUCAAAGGUCGUCAAGAUGGCCCGCGAUAUUGAUGUGGGCGUCGAAUUUACUCUCGGUAUCUAA